GCAACAUACUUUCAUAAUCCAACAGGUUAACUUUGAUUCAAUCUGGUCGAGAAAUUUCAGAAUUAUCAAUUACCCUCCUUCUGUUUAAAUACAAAAGCAGUUCAACUGAUAUGUGUGCAUAGAGAACAUGUUAUCAUUGGUCGAACCACAAAACCCUAGUAACAUAUCCUCACCAUUUCACUACUCAAAAAUAAUAGGACAACAACAACAACAACAACAACAACAACAACAGGACCUUACCACAAACCAAUUAAUUAACUUCCUGGUUGAUUAUCACAAUAAUAAUAACAUCUCUUACAUUUCCCCUCAACCAAACCACAUUCAAUCUACUAUAGACAAUUCCUUCUCUCAAUUUGAUAUGCCUCAAAGAACACCUGCACACACCUCCCCUUUUCAACACCAACAACAACAACAACAACAACCCUAUCAUCAACAACAGCAACAAUUCACCUUUGGUGAACAACACCAUCCACCAUCUAACAAUGCAAGAAGUAACGGGAACAAUAGUAGUAGAAGUAAUUAUCAACACCAAUCUAACAUGACGGAUUUGAAUAAUGCCAACAAUAUUAGUAACAACAUGUUCUUGUUUCAAUCGAGUGGAAAUGUGAGUGUGAAUAAUACAUGUGCAAGCAGUAGUAAUAGCACUCCUCCAACAACUUCCUUUCAAUUUCACAACAUGAAUAAUCCACCACAACAAGGAUUCUCCAGUAAUAAGAAGAGGAAACAACAAGCAGAGUCUUCCAGGGGAAAUGUUGGAUCAAGUUCUGCCACAAUGGAGAGUUCUCUCUUUUAUCACAUGGAAACUGAUUUUAAACGAAAGCAUGCCGAUAAGAAGAGGUUAGUUUGGACCAAUGAAUUGCAUGAUCUAUUUGUUAAAGCAGUGUCUCAGCUAGGACUCAAUGAGGCAAGACCAAAGGAAAUAUUGGAAUUGAUGAAUCUCCCUGAUUUGACCACCACACAUAUCAAAUCUCAUCUCCAGAAAUAUAGACAACAAGUUAAGAAGGGAAUCAUUCCAAUUGGUGAAGGUAUGAGCUCUGCAAAUGUUGAACUAGGAUCAAAUUCGGAGAGUGAAACAAGUGAUAGUGGUGGUCCAAAUGAGGAUGUCAAGCAGGAAGUGAUAAAUUCAAGUGGUUCAAAAGCAACAUCCCCUUUCAAAAACUCCCAACCAAGUCAAAUUAAUCAAAUGUACAGUUUCAAUCCAACAACAAAUCCAAAUCAACCAUCAUCAUCUAGCUCACAAACCUUCAAUUCCCUAAUCAAUGAUACUAGUUCAGACCAAGUCAAUUACAUUAAGAAUAUCCUUUUACAUUUUAAUCAAAUUCCCAACGAUCAUACUUCAUCAAAUAAUGAAACAGGAGCAUACUUAUCCUCAACAUCUCAGAGGCCAACCCAACAUGUAACAUUUGCAAACUCAAUCACCAAUAAUAAUAUCACCACUGUAAAUCAACCACAUUUCCACUUGGGUGAUGGAAGAAGUAUUCUCCAAAACUGUCACCUAUUAACCAGUGCAAAUAGUUUACCAGAGUUUCUGGUACUCUUACAAGAAAUUUGCAAAGCUGAGAGUGAUAUGGCUGCUAUUUUUAAUGGCCUGCCCGUUCGUUCAACUCAUGAUUUGAAUUUGAUCGUUGAGGGAUUUAGGAUUGGAUUCAUUUGUGGCAUGAAAUAUAAACCCUCACAUCAACAAUAAACUCACAAUUAUCUCUAAAA